GGCUGCAGUGGAGAGGGGAGCGUAUCAUGGGCUGUUCCCCCUGCACAUGAAUUUGGGGGUGCCUCUCUCCGACGGCUGUGGCUGGAGCACUCCGACUGCCUGCUUUGCUGCGCUCUGGGAUUUGAAGCAAUGCCAGUAAUGGAGGCACCUUGCCAUGGCGGGCAGGCUCUGGCGAAGCCGCAUGUUUGGCCGUCCGUGUUACCUCCGCGACUGGGAGAUGCAAGUCCAUUUUAAAAUCCAUGGGCAAGGCAAGAAAAACCUGAACGGAGAUGGCUUUGCCAUCUGGUACACCAAAGACCGCAUGCAACCAGGACCCGUCUUUGGAAGCAAGGACAACUUCCUGGGCCUGGGAGUGUUUGUGGACACCUACCCAAACGAGGAGAAGCAGCAGGAGGCUCAGAAGAGGAGGUACAGCCCAGGAAAUCAGCGUGUGUUCCCCUACAUCUCGGCCAUGGUGAACAACGGCUCUCUCACGUACGACCAUGACCGGGAUGGGAGACCUACAGAGCUCGGGGGCUGCACGGCGAUGGUGCGCAACCUCAACCACGACACCUUCCUGGUGAUCCGCUACGUGAAGAGGAGACUGACGGUGAUGAUUGACAUUGACGGUAAGCAUGAGUGGCGAGACUGCAUCGACGUGCCAGGAGUGCACUUGCCCCGUGGGUACUACUUUGGGACCUCUUCUGUCACUGGAGACCUGUCAGACAACCAUGACAUCAUUUCGCUGAAGCUUUACCAAUUGACGGUAGAGCGGACGCCGGAGGAGGAGAAGCGGGACAGAGAGGUGUUCCUGCCUGUUGUGGACAACCUGAAGCUGCCGGGAAUGGAGGCCCCGCUGGAACCCAUGAGCGGCCUGGCUCUCUUCUUAAUCGUCUUCUUCUCCCUUGUCGCUGUGGUUUUUGCCAUUGUCAUUGGAGUCAUUGUCUACAACAAGUGGCAGGAGCAGAGCCGGAAACACUUCUAUUGACUUGGGAACCUGCCCGGGAUGGCCCAUUGCUAGUCUUUGCUAGCCGCAUCCCAACUCCCACCCAUCCCAGACUGUCCGGAGUGUGAUGGACUGAACCUUGCGGCAGGGACCCUCAUGUCCCCUGAAAAGCCCAGUGGGGACAGCUGCUGUUUCUUUUGUCAGGCUCCAGGACUCCCGCGCUGCUCCCAGUGGGAAAGGGGAUCCCCAGCGCAGCGUGUGGUGGACUGAGAGCUGUGCGUCGCUGGGACAGACCUGCCGUCCCCCCGAAGGCCUGUUUGGAGCAGGAGCUUUGCUUAGUGAGACGUUUAGGAGGACGGGCUGGGCUGUGGGGCGCUGGCAGCACCGAGCCGUUUCUCUGCAGCGUGGGGAUACCUGAACGUGGCUGUGAAAUCCUGACUGAGCAAGACACCAGCCGAACAGAGCCCAGCGAAGCACCCGCUUUCCUCGCCAGGCUCGUACAGCAACCCUUUGCAGUGGCUUGUCCCGAGCUGUUUCACUACCAAUCAGGAUUUGCUACAGCAGCAUCUCCUGCUGUACAGGGUCACUGGGUGCAGACCAUACUCCUCCUCGCUGAGGAGCGCAGUGGUCUGUUUGCCUUUGGAGAGGGCAGUGCUGCGCCGCAACGCUUGCCCUCUCUGCCGUGUGUUGAGGCACCCGACAGCCCCUCCUCGGCGAGGGUGUCUCUCCCAAGCUCUUAAUCCUGCUCAGGCAGCGACAGCUGCUUUCUGUCGCCUGCCUUAGGCCAUCUUUGGAGACUGAAUUGCUUUUGUUUGUACCUUGAGUUGUCCCACCGCCAUGCAACCCCUCUCUUAGUCACCACGGUUUGCUGUCCUCGGGCAUCAGAUGCCUGGCGGUUUUUCCCGGCGGCGAGGCAGGCUGAGCUGGGAACCUGCCUGGCUGCUGGGCACCGGCAUCCCCGUUUUGAAUUACCGAUUGCUGCUGCGUCUCGGGGCUCAGCCCCUUUCCCUGCUCGGCAGGGCCGCUGCUGAGUGUGCCGCCACCUCUGCGUGCCUCCCGUCCCAGCGCGGCCGUCUGCACCAGUGCUGUUUGCAUGUCGUGUUGUGGCUUGUGGCCGACUUUCCAAGGGGUCGGUGCUCCCUCCUUCAGCUGGGUGCCGGUCCUGGGCCUUGCCGAAGGCUGCGGCUGCUGAAGAGCUGAGCCGUGCGGGGCGAUUUAGGCUCCGGCCAGCCUCUUGGAGCCGUAGCUCUCGCUGCCUUUCAGGGAGUUGUAGUUCAUUCCUACCUCAGUGACUGCUUUUUUUUUUUUUUUUUUUUUUU